AUGGACAACGCCGCCUUCCUGGACAAGCUCAUGGCCCCCGACAGCGAGGGGCGGGCGCCGGCACAGCGUGACAAGUACGCGGCGGCGCUCGCGAACUGCGACCUGAUGGCGACCGCGCGAGCGGCUGCGCAGGACCCGUCGGCAAAGGACGCGUGGGGGGCGCUCAAGGCGGCAAAGAUGUCGAAGGAGUGGCAGGAGCGUGCGCGCACCACGCUGGCCAGGCUCGAGCGCGGCGAGGGCGUGUGGCGCGUGUGGCUCGACGGCUGGAGCGGCAAGGCCGGCGCGUCCUGCGCGGGCUUCUACCUGCCGUUCCCCGCCGCCGACAACGAGGCGCUCGAGGACGCCUUCAAGGCGAAGGGCACCGGCGCACGCGUCAGCGUGGCCGGGGGGCGCGUGGUUGCGUGGGUGACGGACGAGGCGACGCCCGACGGCGGAUGGCGGCAGAUGUCGGCUGCCGACGAGACGAUCUGGAGGGAGGUGGAGCGUUGGGAGGCGCCGCCGGCGCCCUCCUCGCGGCCCGAGGCGUCGUCGUCAGCCCCGGAGGCGCAGGAUGAGGAGGCGGCGCCCGCGCCGCUCGACGAGGCGCAGCGUGCGAGGCUCGGCUCGCUCAAGGUGGCCGAGCUGCGCGCGUUGCUCGAGGGCGGCGGGAUCGAGGUGGCGGGCAAGAAGGCGACCAAAGCGGCGCUGCUGCAGCAGAUCGAGGCCGCCGUCGCCUCCGGCGCUCUGACGCUCGGCCCAGAGCCCGCCGCCGCCGCGGCGCAGCCAGAGCCCGCCGCCGCGGAGGGCGGGCGCGCAAAGCGCGGCCGAGCAGAGCCUCUGGAAAGGUCGUCCAAGGCGGCUCGCACGGCCGAGGCGGCGGAGAAGAAGGCCGCGGCAGAGGCGGCGGAGGCGGCAGAGGCGGAGGCGGAGAAGAAGGCGGCCGCCGAGGCUGCCGCAGCAGAGGCGGCGAGGGUGGCGGCGGAGGAGGCGGCGGCCGAGGUGGCGGAGAAGGCACGCCUCGAGGAGGCGGCAGCGGCAGAGGCGGCGGCGGCAGAGGCGGCGGCGGCAGAGGCGGCGGCGGUUGAGGCGGCGGCGGCGGCGAGGGUGGCGGCGGAGGAGGCGGUCUUGGCGCAUGCGGCGGAGGAGGAGGCGGCGGCGGCGGACGAGGCGGCGGCAGAGGCGGUACUCGCCGCAGUCAAGGCGAGGCGUUUAGCUACAGCGGCUGCGAAGGUCAAGGCGCAGGAGUUGGCGGCGGCAACGGCGGUGGCGGCGGCCAAGGCGAGUGCGGAGGCCGGGGAGACCGCGGCCGAUGCUGGCGCCGCCGAAGACGCCGCCGCAGACACGGGUGCAGACGCGGGUGUGGACGAGGGUGCUGCCGCCGAGGGUGCUGCCGCCGCCGCAGACGAGGGCGUGGCGACAUCGUUUGCGCAGCUCCGGCGUCGGGCCGAGGAGGAGGGGGCGGCAGCAGCUGGGGCGGCGGACCGGCCGCCGACGCAUGGCGCCAGCAGCAGCGAGCCCGUGCCGGCUGCCGCGCCAGCAGAAGCUUUGGUCGCGCCCGCCAUGGAGGACAGCGACUCGGACCGCACAGAGGACGAGGCGGCAGCGGAGGACGAGGCGCCGGCUGGUGGGCUCGCUGAGAGGACGGAGGCAUUGGACGGCGAAGCAAACAGCGACGCCACCGCGCCCAACAGCGACAGCGACGCGACGGCCCCCAACACCGACGACGAGGAGUGA